CAUAGAACAGAAUUUUUCAUAUAACCUGGUCCCCCUGCUGUCAACUAAAUAAAUCGUUACUGCCGACAAUUCAUAAAGUCCAGUGAAAGAUAAAGUGCAUUAUAGAAUUAGAUUUAUAGCAGAACUUGAAUGAUGGCAGAUAAAACUGACGACGACAUUCCAUUAGCUGAUGAUGAUCCUCAAGUGAUUAUAUAUGAUGAUGACCCAGAAGAAUCCAAUGAGUCUGGCUUGAAUCAUGGUCAAAGCAUGGAAUCAAUACAGUCAUCAUUUACUAAUGACAGUGCUGCAAGCCCAAGACAUGACCAAGGCUUGGAGCUGGACAGUGCUAUUGAUGAGCUGGAAGAGAAAGCUAGAUUCAUAACUCAAGUUCUGGAGCUGCAGAACACCUUGGAUGAUCUAUCACAAAGACUUGACCAUGUGAAGGAGGAAAACCUCAGAUUGAAGUCUGAGAACAUGGUUCUGGGUCAGUACAUCGAGAACUUGAUGUCUGCAUCCAGUGUGUUCCAAACUACACCCAAAGUCAAGAAAAAGUAAAUAUAAAUGUUUGCACAUCCCUCACUCUGUUUCAGUCUUAAUUCUAGUCACUAUAAUAAUUUCAAUGUUAGAUAUUAUAUGAACCACAACAGUGGCAUAGUAUUAGAAAUGUAGGGGGAAAAAAACAUAUAGUUCACAAAAGAUAUUAUAUUAAAAUAUAUUUUAAAAAAUGCAAAUAUAACUCA